UCGCCUCUGUCUAUUCUCAACGCGCAACUCAUAUCUACGUCUCUCUGGCCCGCCACCUGCGUUUCCUUCCCCACGUCUGGCGCACCGCAUCACUCAAUACCAUUCUAUCAUGCCGGUCCCUAUGGAAAGCGUCGCUCAACAGCGUCGCCCUCAACUAAACUCCCGCGCCUGCUCAUACCAAGAUACCUCUCGAUACCGUGCAUCCGGCGCUGCUCCUCAACUUGCUAGGACAAAUAGCUCCCAAUAUACACCAUAUGGGGAGGAAGACGUGAACAAACCGAAGGUCGUUGGGGAGCUUGCGGCAGUCUCUGACAACGCGCCCGAACAAGUAGUCGAAAGGCCGGCGCUCACGCGCACCUUCACACGAGAGGCAUGGGUUAAGCAAAUGACCUCCGGUGUUAGCGCUACGCCCAAGCAGAGCCCUUCCGUAUAUGGUCCUAGACAGAGCCCAUUCAUCCCAGGGGGUCAUUACAACCCCUCAGGAUCUGGCUUAUCUACACCUGCUGGCGAUUCCGGACUUACAACAUCGAGCGCUUGGGGCCCAGCCUCCCCUUCAUUGACUGGAACGUUCAAUGUUUCUUCCGACCUUCACUCGUCCGAGAACAAUGACGCCGACGGCAAGCAAACCUUCGCGUUCACAGUUCAUGCGGAACGCAAUCUGUCUGCCCACAGUAGGCCUGGCACCCCAGUGAACGAUGCCGGAGACCGCGUACCGGAGUCUGUUGCGGAGACGGUCGAACGACACAGGGAAGGUCAGGAAGUUGUUGACGCUACACCGCUGACGGGCCGGAAGGUGAUGGUCGCCGUUGACGCGGCUGAUCAAGACGGCCUCAAUACCCUGGCGUACGCUUGCGACAAAGUGGUCCAUCCUGGCGACGUUUUGUACGUUGUGCGGGUCGUUCGUGAACAGCGUGGCUUCAAAGGUAUGCGGCAUGUUCGUAAAUGCGGUCACUGCAGCUCCCGUGUCUGAUACUGAUCCUAACUUCAAUUCACAGGUUCAUACUCUGCAGCAGCUGAAAUGCUUCGUAGCAUCGAGUUACGCGCCCGUGGGGAGGCCGAGCUCAUCACAUGCCAAGCCAUUCGGGAGCUCGGCAAGGCAGGAAAGAAGGCAGUCGACGUCUACGUCACAUACCGAGUCGGCGACCCCCGCGCGUGCAUUCGCGAGCUUGUCGGAAAGGAAGCACCUCAGAUACUCGUCGUCGGAAACAACAGGAAGAGGGUAGCUAGCGGAUCCGUGUCCAAGGGCGCC